AUUCGAGGCUUGUUGCCCAUCAUCCGCAACCCACAAAGUGACCAUGCCAUGCUCAGUCUUGGUCUGGAUUUGACGCACUUGGGUUUGAAACUUGGUGCAGAGGAUGAUCGUUUGCUCUCUUCACUAUGGCUAUCACCGUUUGCUGAACCGAGCGCGACUGGUGGGAUUGGUGGACAAGUACCGCUCUCCAAUAUUGAUGCACUUGCGAAUCGUUUCACACCACCAGCGUGUUAUGUGAUGGGUGGCAUCUCUGCCGUCUUACCGGAAGCAAGCAAUAAGAUUGGGAGUUUUGCGGAAGAGACACUCUUUUACAUCUUUUACACACAGCCACGGAGUAAGAUGCAAGAAAUCUCUGCACAAGAAUUGACAGGGCGAAAUUGGCGUUUCCACAAAGUACUCGGAGUCUGGCUCACAAAGGAACCCGGUGUUGAACCGAGUGUGCGGACGGCCACCAUGGAGCGGGGUCAGUACAUCUUUUGGGAUGCUGCUAGAUGGGAACGCGUCAAGAAGGUCUUUGAGCUCUUUUAUGAAGAUUUGGAAGACCGUUUUGCUAGUGCC